AGUCUAGCACGCACCCACUUCUCAAUAAUACCAUUCCUAAUUUGAGUAAUUUCCUAUCCUGUCGACUUGUCUCUUUGGUCUGAGUUUUAUUCACUAAACAAAAACUACAGAAGAGAGAGAGCAAAUCAUCAACCAUGAAUGUCGAAGAAGAAGUUGGGAAGCUUCAAGAGGAAAUCAAACGGCUUGGCCAGAUCCAAGAAGAUGGAUCUUGUAAGGUCACCUUUGGUGUCUUAUUUCAUGAUGAUCGUUGCGCAAACAUAUUUGAAGCUCUGGUUGGAACACUAAGAGCUGCAAAGAAGAGGAAGAUUUUGACAUAUGAUGGAGAGCUUCUUCUACAAGGUGUCCAUGACAAUGUAGUUAUUACCAUGAAACCUUCUGCAACAGCUCCUGCUUCUACUGAUGAGGUAGACAAAAGCUGACCAACUUCAUGCUUAGAUUUCCAGAAUCCUGUUGGGGAAUGACCCUUAAGAACUGCAAUCAUUCUCGCGUCUGUAUGAUUUCCUUUUUUCUUGUAACUUCGCUCUUUUGAAUAUCACCUCCUGUUUUCUGGGUGCUGUAUGAAAAGAAACCAUAUUAAUGUGUAUAUGGUCACUUAAGAUUUGCCUGAAUGCGGUUCGCAUCUAGUUUAUGGAUCUCCGGCAAAGUUGUAAUAAAAUGAGUGCUCAAUUUCUACAAAGAACUGAAAUUAUAUAUGCAGAUAUAAUAAUCAUUA